CAAGAGAAGAAAAAAGAAAUACAAGCAUAUAUUCAAAGAAGAGCAGAACAAAUUGUAAAUGAUCAAAAGAAAAUACUAACCAGUCUGCUAGAGUGGCCAUUUCACAAAGUAGUCUUGGAUAGAGUACUAUUACAAAAUCAAGAUCAAGAAAUAUUACUAAAUGAUCUGGUAGAUGUUUUGGAAGAAGUUCAAGCCCACUUCCAAAAGCAAUUCAUAGGCAAAAAAAAUAGCUACACAGAGUAA